CCCUCUGGACUCGGUUGUUUUCUUCCCAGGUGCUCAGUUUGCACUGUUAUCUACUGCUAAUAUCUCCAUUCACGCAAGCCAAUUAAUAGCUCGCGAGUUCACUCUAGCUCGUAUGCGCCACCUUGAGACUGCUGCACCUGCCGGAAAGAAUGCUGGAGAGAACUCUGUCACAACUCGGACCGACAAGAGCGUUUUGCCUGUGCCCUCAGAGGUUUUGACAUCUGAGGAUAUCUUAAGAGCCCCAGCGAGCAUUAAGGUUGGUUCGAGAAGACUACAACUUUUUGUACGUAGAUACGAAGACCAAGGUGUUGUCCCAGUCUCUUUUCGAUGCAUAGUGGUUGUGUGA